CAUUUGCCGGCAGCCGCUCCAGUCGGGCUAGGAGCUGCUGGGCUGCGCUCGCAGCGCCUGGCGGGGAGCCCCCCGGGGCGGGCCCGCCCCGACGGAGACCCCCGCGCCCCGCUCUCGAUGGGACUGAGCGCGGCGGCGGCUCCGCGCUCGGGCGGCGCGGGCGGAGCGCUCCCCGCGGGGGCGCCGGGCAUGGCCGCGGGCGGGCGGGGGCCGAGCGGGAGCCGCGGGCACAGCGCCCUCGCGGGGGGCCCCGCCGCGGCCAUGGAGCGCCGCUGAUCGCCGCUGAUCGCCGCCGGGAGACAAUGGCCCUGCACAAACUCUGCUCCGUGCUCGAAGUGUUGCUGGUAACAAUCCUUGUAGUGGAAGGGAUUGCCGUUGCACAGAAGACACAAGGUGGGCAGAAUAUUGGAGUGAAUCGCAUUCCCCCCACCCAGUGCGACAACUGGGUACGGACGAGUAAUGGAGGACAUUUUACUUCACCAAACUACCCAAACAUGUACCCCCCAAAUCAGGAGUGCAUCUAUAUCUUAGAAGCUGCUCCACGACAAAGAAUUGAGUUGACCUUUGAUGAACCUUAUUACAUAGAACCCUCAUUUGAAUGUCGGUUUGAUCAUCUGGAGGUUCGAGAUGGACCUUUUGGUUUCUCCCCUCUCAUCAAUCGUUACUGUGGUUUGAAAAGUCCUGCGCUAAUUAGAUCAACAGGGAGAUUUAUGUGGAUCAAGUUUACGUCUGAUGAGGAGCUGGAAGGAAAGGGAUUUCAAGCAAAGUACUCAUUUAUACCAGAUCCUGACUUCACUUACCUAGGAGGCAUUUUAAAUCCCAUCCCAGACUGCCAAUUUGAGCUCUCAGGAGCUGAUGGAAUAGUACGUUCCAGUCAAGUAGAACAAGAAGGAAAAACAAAGCCAGGACAAGCAGUUGACUGUAUAUGGACAAUUAAAGCUACUCCAAAUGCUAAGAUCUACAUGCGGUUUCUCGACUAUCAAAUGGAGCAUUCAAAUGAAUGCAAGAGAAACUUUGUGGCUGUGUAUGACGGGAGCAGCUCCAUUGAAAACCUGAAGGCCAAGUUCUGCAGCACCGUGGCCAACGAUGUGAUGCUGCAGACGGGGACAGGGGUGGUGAGGAUGUGGGCAGACGAAGGCAGCAGACUGAGCAGGUUCAGGAUGCUGUUCACUUCAUUUGUGGACCCUCCCUGCUCAGGCAACACUUACUUCUGCCAUAGCAACAUGUGCAUCAAUAAUUCUUUAGUCUGCAAUGGCAUCCAGAACUGUGCAUACCCUUGGGACGAGAAUCACUGCAGAGAAAAGAAAAGAACUGGAUUGUUUGAACAAAUCACCAAAACUCAUGGGACAAUCAUUGGUAUCACAUCAGGGAUAGUUUUAGUUCUUCUCAUCAUUUCAAUUCUAGUGCAAGUAAAGCAACCUCGCAAAAAGGUCAUGGCUUGCAAGACUGCCUUCAAUAAAACCGGUUUCCAGGAAGUAUUUGAUCCUCCGCAUUAUGAACUCUUUUCACUAAGGGACAAAGAAAUUUCUGCAGAUUUGGCAGAUUUAUCAGAAGAACUUGAGAACUAUCAGAAAAUGCGACGCCCUUCAACAGCUUCCAGAUGCAUCCACGACCACCACUGUGGCUCCCAGGCCUCGAACAUAAAACAGAGCAGGACCAACCUGAGCUCCAUGGAACUGCCCUUCCGCAACGACUUUGCGCAGCCCCAGCCGAUGAAAACAUUCAACAGCACCUUCAAGAAAAGUACUUACACGUUCAAACAAGCUCACGAGUGCCCUGAGCAGGGUAUAGAAGACAGGGUGAUGGAGGAGAUUCCAUGUGAAAUUUAUGUGAGAGGAAGGGAGGAUACGGCACAAGGUUCAUUAUCUAUUGACUUUUGACUUCCUGGUGAAGGUGGUAUCAGUGUAUAUACAAGAUGCUUGUGUACAAUGACAGUGUAUAUAUUAAAAGUGUACCAUAUGCAGCGUGUGAGAUGCACACACUUUUAGCUUAUUAUACUUCAUUUAAAAAAACCCCAGUCUUCAUAACUAAUUCUUGCUGAAAAAUGAGGAAUUUCCUCCCAUCUUCCCAAGCUACCUAUCUAGUGGAAGAGUAAGACAGAGACUUUGCAUGGAAAUUAUAAGAGAGGAUAUUGGAAGAAAAAACCCUACAACUACUAAUCAUUGAACACUGAAAACAAUGGCUACUAUUUUCUUCUGGCUACCAUUUUUCUCUUCUUUAGACGUCUGCUUUUGAAGACAAUUUUAAUACCUCACUUGCAUAAAUAAAAGUAGUUAAGUGCACCCCGUGUAUGUCAACAUAGGUGUCUUAUUGUAUUUGUCAAAUUGGAAGUAGAGUUAGUGUUAAGUGCCAGUUAAGACUCAAGAAUUAUGUUACAGCCAUCUGUUUCACUUGCCUACCAUUUCUAUUGCCUUUAAUUAUCAGUUCCGCACUCUAUCCAUUGUGAGAAAUAAGUGAAAAGGGUUACUGCCUUUUAAAAAUACUAAGUUAUAUUUUAGUACAUUUGGAAAUACAUAAUCUUUGCAGCUUUUGGUUAAAACACAAGUGAGUAGUUGUGUUAUUCUAGAUGCAGACUUUUACAACAGUUUUCUUUCAAGGUUUAGGAUUCUAAAAUAUUCUGCCAUAUAUUACAGCUCCAUAUGGCACGAUGAUUUCACAGCUCUGCACUUGGGAAACAAUUUUGUGCCUGCGUUUUCCAAGUAUUUACAUAAAUAGACUGUACUGUACAUUUGUCUCUUAAAAUAGCCUUUUACUCCUUGUUGCAGCCAAUCUUCCCUACUGAAAUCAGUGGUGAUACUUUUAGCUUGUGUCCUACUUGCCUGAAGAGAACUGCUCUGAGGUCUGUGUGAUUACCAGAUCUAUGAAGAUACUGGAAACAGAGAAUUCACAAAGCAACUCUUAUUAACCCUUAUGGAACCCUUCUUGUGCCCCUUGUUUCCACUUGCAAAAUUGCACAUUUCAUACCUUUUUUAAUGGUGGUUUGGACCUAAUUUUAAAAUUUUUACAAUAUAAAAAAAAUUUUUAAAAUAUAUUCUCAUUGUGGUUUUUAAACUUUUUAUAUAGUGUGAUACUGUACAGACUAUUUAUUAUAUCACAAUCUAGCACCUGUACAGCAGGCUUGUUUCAGUGGCCCUCUUAGCAGCUCUGAGUAACACGCAGUCGCUGUUGCACACAUCACAAUUUGCCAACAAUACUUACCAUGACUUACACAUUAGUCUACAUUUUAUUUCCCUAUUGGUUUGAGCUUAUUCUGGUAUUUUUUGUACAUGAAACCUUUCACUAAAGCUGACCUGCCACCUUGCACUGGGCACAGCCUUUAUUUACAGGUGUCAAACCAUAGUGUUUGUUGUGCUGACUGUAGUACAAACAAAAAAAAAAUUAUCUUAAUAUAUGACGUUAGCAAUUGAAAAAUCUUUAAAAUAGAAGAUGAACAACAGCUGCAAUCACAGAUGUUCAUUAGAAUGACAAAGCAUUUUUGUAAUCUUUUUUACAAAUGCUUAGAAUGUAUGACAUUUUCGGGAAAAAAAAAAAAAAGAGGGGAAUUGAGUUUCUUCAACACUUCCCAACUGCAAAGUUACUGCUGUCUGAUGUCCAGAAAGAACUCAUCAGAAGCUCAUAUAUCAGACCCAUCAGGCUGUAUCCUGGUGUCAGUUUUUGUGCUGGUCCCAGAAUGUAUUCCAAUUUGAAGGUAUGAAAAUGGGCAUUAUUUUUAGAUGCACUUCACGCAGAAGAUAAGUGUUAAAAAAAAAAUCUAGUAAAGUUUGACUUGAAAAAUUUUUGAAUAUUUAAUUAAAACAUUUGACAGAUUUCAUUUACUUUCAGUAAUAUUUUCAGUAAAUUUUACACUUUCAGUAAUAAAUACCUCACCAUGACCUGUAA